AUGAAACGCGAAAACAUCGGUGGUAACCGAAUCUUACAGAUCAUCGCCAACCGGCCAAGGCAGGGCGGUGUGGUUGUGGAUAGCUAUGUACAACACCAGCAACGCCAAUCGGAGAUCAUCGCCAACCGGCCAAGGAAGGGCGGUGUGGCUGUGGUUAAUUGGACCCGGAAGUCUACAAAUAAAGACGGAUCUGCUCAAGUUGGCUGCGGUUACAUAACGCCAACCACUUAUUGCGCCAAAGCCCCUCUACCAUACCCCGACUCAGCAAUCAGGAGUGCUUGUAGUCACCCUUGGAACAACACUGCAACAGUCGGAGAGCUCGGUCACAUUGGAUGUUUGAUCUUGAGUCCAAGCUUUCGGCGGCUAGGAACAGAGAGUCAGAGACCCUGA